UAAUUGCUGUGGCACCGCAGACUCCCGCGCUCCCUCCCGUCUGAGUCGCCGCCGCUACCAGGAGGCGGAAGGAAGUGGAGCAGUGUCAGAGAGCAGUGGAGCCAGUGGUGGAGCUAGUCAGUCGUGCCUCAGCCUUGAGAGUGGGAGGACACGCGGCGCUCGCUCGUGCACUUGUCUUGCCUGCUCGCCACUCUUGAAAUUCGAUUCAGAGUGCAAGAUUUUUAUUUUAUAUUUUUGGGGUAACUUCACCGAUCUCAUCAUUCGUCGCGUGUCUUGAUGUAAUUCCUGAAGUGACUUGGAGCGCAGAUAUCAUAGUUUGUGCAUGUGUGCAGGAUACAUGAGACUUUGUGCAAUGUGAAAGGAAAAGGUGCAAAACGCAGUGUCAGUGUUCAGCCCCGCGUGUUGGAGAGCGCAGGUGUGUGUGGCAGUGGGUGAUACAGGUGAUGAGUGUGGUGACAGUGAAGAGUGAGGCGUGAGUAGCCCUGGGUGUCAGUGAGGCGUCCACCACCACCACACUAUGAAGGACACCGAGCCCCUCACCCAUGAGCCUCACGGGCGGCUCAGACACAAAUCCAGUCCGCUGUUCUGGCCGCUACUGUGUGGUGUGCUGCUGGUGCUGGCCAUAGCACAGGCAGGAUCCUUCUUUUUCCUCUUUGGCCGCCUGGAGGAGCUUCGUGGCAGACUGGAGAUAGCCACUGUGCAUGGCGGCCGACGAGAGGCAAGGUUGACCCGCGACCUCGAGAACAUGCGAGAGCGGGUGGAAGGUCUGGCUCAGGAGUGCCAUCAAGCCAAGGCAGACCACGCCAGCCGCUCACCCGUGCCGCCCCCACACCCACCCCCGCAGAAGCACUACCAGAACCCUCUGAAGAAUCGGGUUGGUGCAGGACGCGUGAAGAGGCGAGCGUCUGACCCGUCCUACGGCAUCAAUGGUGCUCUGGGUGGGGAGAGCGACGAACUGAGUGUGCAGCUGCAGGGAGAGGAGGGCAGCGAUCGUGAUGGCGGGGACAAGUCUUGGCUGCAGCUCACCUCGUACGCCAGGCUGCCGUAUGAAGCCAUCCAGGAGUUCUGCACCCGCACCCACGCCUCCUGCCCGCCAGGCCCAUCUGGAGACACUGGCCCUGUGGGUGCGCCUGGGGAACCUGGCCGCGAUGGGGAACGGGGUGACCGAGGGCUGCCAGGACAAAGGGGUCCCGUCGGCCCGAAGGGAGAGCACGGGAAGCCAGGACCGCCGGGCAUGAGGGGACACAAGGGAGAGAUUGGUCUUCCAGGUGUGCCGGGCCUGGACGGGCGGGACGGGCUGCCUGGUGAGCCUGGCCUAGAUGGCAUCCCAGGCCGCAAUGGACUGGACGGGACGCCAGGCAUGGACGGGCUGUCAGGCUUCAACGGCGCGGCGGGAAAAGACGGUAUUCCCGGAACGAAGGGAGAUAAGGGCACCCGCGGACCGCCAGGCUUGAGAGGAAUCGCCGGGCCGCGCGGUCGCCGAGGUAAGAACGGAACGCCAGGUGAUGCGGGGCUGCCAGGUAUCUGUGCUUACCAGGUCAACAACGAGUCUGUCACGGAGCUGCUCAUCGCGCCCUCCAUAGCAGGGGCGGACGGAUCGCGGCGGCGGGAGCGGCGGCCCAUCGUGGUGCGUGAGGGCGACAACCUGAGGCUGAGGUGCCAGGCGGAGGGCGAGCCGCUGCCGCAAGUGGAGUGGACCCGCUCUGACGGUGGUGUCAUUCCCGUCGGGCAGUGGAAAGACGGCUCGGUGACUGGACGUAUGCUCAACCUGACGCACGUGCACAGGGUCCACACGGGCACGUACAUCUGCGAGGCAUACAACGGCAUCCCACCCAACGCCAACAAGACCUUCACUGUUGAGGUGCACUUCGACCCGUACAUAAGAGUCAAGAAAUGGAAGGUGGGCGUGCACAAUGGGUCGACUGCUAAGCUAGAGUGCGACGUCGAAGCUUUCCCCUUGGCUGUCACUUACUGGGAGGACGAACACGGCUUGCUCCUUGAAAACUCCACCAAGUACAGCAUCUUCUACCACCAAGACCCCAACUCCGUGUGGAAGUCCGUCAUGAGCAUCAGUAUCUUCAACGUGGACCGCGCGGACAUCGGAGACUACCACUGCGUCGCCAAGAACGAGCUCUCCAUCACCCGCGGCCUCGUGAAACUCUACGAGAUCGACCCCAACCUACACCACCCGUCCACUGGUUCGGAGGAGAGUCUCACCUUCGGCCCAGACCCACCAAGCUUCACCGACCUCUUCGACUUGUGUCCUCCGCGAGCUGAGUGCGAGGAGUGCCCCAAGACGCCCAAGUGUGCCGAGGGACGAGGAGCGCUCUUCGGCCUCAGCGUGGAACAAUUCGGCAACAUUACCUAUCCCGGCUUCCGCAAUAGGAGUUCAGACUGCAUGCUGGCUGCGGUGGGCAAGCCAGUCUACCACCGCCACACUGACUCCAUCUACGGAUCCUGGAUGCGCGACCCACACCCACCAGAUCCCCAGCAGGAGCCUAAGUUCUGGACUACCGACCCUGCCGACCCGAUGCGCCUCUUCGAAUUCGCUGACAAGAACCGCUACAGAAAGAACCAGGCCAGCAAGAACUACAGCCUGCCAGUGCCUUUCGUGGGCAACUCGCACGUGGUGUACAACGGCUCCUUCUACUACCACCAAAAGGACCACCAGAAGAUCAUACGCUUCAACCUGCUAACUGGCACCAACUCCUCCGUGCCAGUGCCCGAGGUGGCGACGGAAGGCCAGAAUUUCCUGUACCGCGUCAGCAUGGACUAUAUCGACUUCAACACUGACGAUAACGGGCUGUGGGCGAUCUACGGGCUGCCAGUGAACAACAACACAGUGGUGAUGAAACUUGAUCCCUGGUCCCUCAAGGUGGAGUACAGUUGGAACAUUCCCCUGAGCCACAAGAAGUUCGGUGACCUCUUCAUCACGUGCGGGGUUCUGUACGCCAUCGACAGCGCCACGGAGAGAGACACGAAGAUCAGAUUUGCCUUUGACCUGUAUCGCAAGAGGCUACUAGAUGUGGACCUGCCCUUCAACAACCCCUUCAGGAUGACCACCAUGCUCGGCUACAACUUUGACACCAAGGAGAUCUAUUCGUGGGACAACGGCAAUCAACUCACUUACCCCGUGAAGGUGAUCGACAUAGGCUACAACACCCCGGAAGAGGACCGUGGCGCAGUGGACCCCAACCAGCACUUCCCAACUGCAGGAGACGUGCACAUCGACCCUCUCUCCUCCAGGUUUAGCUAGCAGGAGGCCGGACCCGCGCCCCUCCUCACGUGAUCCUCUCUGACGAGCUCUGUAGUGACCUUGCUCUCAGACUUUAUACUCCAACCCGCCUAGACGACCAUCACCACACCUAUCACUGUUAAAAGGAGUUUCUGUCAUUGGUUUUCAGUCUCCGAGGAGGGACGUGCACUAUGUUGACAUAUAAUGAUGAACUCUCGCCUCACAUUGUCUACGAUGUUUAGAACGUGUGCCAGUGUUGGUACAUGGAGUUUCUACCCUAAUCAUGUCGUCAGCGACUAACCAACCACGACUUUCGAAGCUGUAACAGUCUCUUCACCUUCAGACUCCUCCCUCUUAAGUUUUUAUUUUAUUUUUUUUUUAAUUCAUUUAUGUCACUGUUUAUUUUAGGAGCUACUCGUACAGAAGCUCCAACCCUACUCGCCUCCCGACGCACGUGACUAACGGAUGUAUGUAGAGAAAGGUGAAGCUACAAGAAGAGGGAUGGAGUUUAUAUAAAAUUCAUCUGAACAGAUACACGUGACGCUCCUCAUCAAGUCAGGACAGAACUAACUGGAAGAUCUAAUGACUCACUCGCCUUAUAAGUCAGAAAAGAAGAUACCCUAGCCUUACUAAUGACUUCAAAGUUAUCAAUUAUGACACUCAUUUCUUGCUACUGACACUGAACUAUUUGUCGAGCAGUAGUAAAGAGUUAAUCCUUUGACUACAAUCGCUUUCCCGCAAGUUUAAUAAAAAGGCUGUUGUAAUGUUCAGAAUAUAAUUACAAAAAGCACCAUAGUCACCUUAAGUACCAUGUAGAUUGGACCCUUUCAAGCCUUUCUGGUCCGUAAAAUUAUCUACAAUGACUCAAACAAAAUAGCAAGAGCUACAUUGCCAUUAGCAGUCAAAGCCGCCGUGGUACAGUGGAACCAUGCGUGCUUUGGGAUCCUAGAGGUCUCCAAGCGCACGGGUUCGAAUCCUGUCCACAGUCUGUGUGUAGGUUGGGCUUCCUCACUCGGGGCAAGGGUUUCCUAGCGGGUGGGCUUUAAGAUAGGAGGUACCCUAAAAAGUAUCCCCUUUAGCCCAUAAAUUCCCGUGAAAAGCCCACAUGGUAUGUAAAAAAAAAAAAAGGCUUAUUAUUCUUUGCGAGAAAUGCCGUUGUUCAGUAUAUAGUCUUUUUUUUCUUUUUGGGCGGGAUGUGAGGGGGUGUAGGAGUUGGCCAGACUGAACCUUCCUCUGGCUUAAAUAACUGGUAAACCCCGACUGGACAACUGCCUCACAGAAAAUGUAUGUACACGACGAAGGGGUGACUAUUGCAGGACUACCAGCACCAGCACCAUCACGAGCUUCAGCCCUACCCCACCAACUUUAUUUUUUUAUUUAUUUAUUUAUUUAUUUUUUUUUUUACCGCCAGGAUAGCUACCUACAGCGGAAGAAAAGAUAUCGCAACUAGAAAUUAACUCAAAACGUUAGUCUAAAGAAUCAUAGUGAGCCAACCCUUUAUUAUCUUCUUUUUACAACGACAGAACAAGAAGGUGGAAGUUACAAGAAGAGGGAUGAAGUUUAAAUAGAAUUCAUCUGACAUUCAAAACAUGUACUAAAAAACUAUCAGCAUGAAAAGCUAACCUACCUGAUGUCCCGCCUCGUUACCUGGGAAAGUUGUGCAUGUGCCAGAGAAGAACAACUGCGCCGCGUAUGGAGAAGCAAUAGCAAAUAAUUACCCACUGGACGCGUUACAUUAUAAAAUGGUAUCAUGUAAUAUUUCAUCUUUAUAAGUACGAAUGAAAAAACGUUUUGUGUGUGACUUUCUGACUGUACAACAUCUCAGUUUUGAAAGAAAGUGCCCUCAAGAAUCCUUGCCCAGGUGUCACACGAGUCCAUCACACCAUAUACAGUACGACACAACACUGAACAAUACAAAGUCCUGUACAAUGGAAAGGGUUCACGUCCUGGUCCUAGGAAGGUACAGCGUUUUGCAGACCACGUCCCUGUACUGAAGUUCGUUCAAAGCCACCGCGAAAUAUUUCUUCACUAAUUUUUGUGAAAACAAAUAAAUAAACAAAAGAACACCGUAUAUGGAAAAUCAGCCAGAAUUACAUUAUAAACUGAAAAAAAAAAUGCAUUUCGAAUUCUGAAGACACUACUUGUAAUACUCAAUAUAAGAAUUUCGUUAUUUCCUGAGUUUCCUGCGGCGUUCUCAUAUCUAAUUAAAAGAAAGAUGUAACGUAUUUAUCUCUCAUGAGACGUGCAGCACAUCCAUGAAUACAAUACAAGACAAAAAAAAAUCGUGUUUUUCAAAGUUAAUCCAUUCUAUAUAAGUGACAGAACUGAAAACAGGAAGAGAGACGAAGGUGAUUAGGGAGACAGACAACAGAGGUCUGAUGAAGCAGUCACAGUUACCCCAAAAGUGUAGUGAAAGCCACCUGUGUGUAGAGCGCAACUUUUACCCACACUGUACACUUAAGGCUCGCUUCAAAAUCAGGUAAAUAAAAACAAUAAAUUAUAAAGCGACCAGAGGGACUACAUCAGUAAACAAACCCGGGCCGGUGUUAUCGCGUUGAUAUGCAAAUUAUAGAAGGAAGAAAUGUUACCCCGGUCUUGUUAACAAUACAAACGAUGCAAACCUUUCAUUACGCCGCGUCUGGUCUCCAACAGGUGCUGGAUUUAUGGAGACCUACUGCACCGCCUCUUGCACCACCCCUCCAGAAUGUUAUCAACUUUGAGGCGACGGUCAGCGCUGCCCGCUACACCUCUCUGAUUGGAACUGUGAUUUGACGCGCUCUCUCUCACACACACACACACACACACACACACACACACACACACACACACACACACACACACACACACACACACACACACACAACUUCAAAGUACCGGUGUGAUAUCUAUGAGUAACGAAAGAUGUAGAUAUCGAACAAUAUUACGUAUACAUGUUCUAGAAACGUUAGCAAUAUAUCUAAAGUUACAGUUCUGUGCUAGGGAGUAAUGAGCGUAUGACUAAUUCACGAAACAUUUCCUACUCACAGACAGCAGCCACAUUAGAUAGGGUAAGACAACAUAAAGCAGAGUGAUAGCUUUAAUUAGAACCAUGAGAAAAAAACAAAAAAAAUAGGUUAAAAUCAAAUACACAAAGAAAUUAUGUCCUUCACAGCGCCCUCACCCCCUCCCACCACUAAACACUUCCUCUCCUCCACCGCCAUAUCUCAGGAAAGCCGUUAAUAAUCCUAUGACACCGUAACUGUAACACAAUGUACUAAUCACUCGGGAUUUUCAUGUUUCUACUUUCUGACACAAGAUCGUAUUCUCAAACGUCUCGGUGGCUUGUCUCGACUUCUUUCAGGAUUAUAUUGGAAGUUAUUGCGGUGUUUUCAAUUCAAAUAAAUUCAAUUCCAUAUUCACAGCAGGCAUAGUAUUCACUUAUACCAAAGUUGAAAACGUAAUUAGUAGAAAUGCAACUUAUUAUUGGCUCAGGUAUUCGAGUUGGCCAUGUACUUCAUUACUGGCUAACUAUAACUUCCUUUUGUGACUCGGGUUCUGCAUCACCAAUGAAAUAAAAAAAAAAUUUAAAAAAAGACACGGGAAGCCAAAAAACAAUCAUCCCUGUGAUCUUUGAAAAACAGUUCUCUUGAUCCAAAGCUUUAAAGUAAUGAUAUAGGUCUACAUGUUCUUCACCAGCCACUCUGUUUGUUGGUACAUUAAUGAGCACACAUACAAUAUUUCAAGCAUUACUACAUUA